AUGUCAAUUAAAGAAGCAGAUCUUUCUGAUUUUGAUACCUAACUUAAAGAAUAUGAAGUGGAAUUAGCUAAGUUGAAAUUAGAGAACAAUAAGUUAAAAGUCUAAGUUAAUCAAUUAAAGAAGGAAUCAGAAGUGAUAAAAAAAGAAUAAUGCUCAUAAUUUUCAAAUGAAUUUCAAAUUUAAGAAUAAAAAUGGAGUAGUGAAAAGAAUCAUUUAGAGAAGACUCUUCAAUAAUUAAAAUAAGAAUUAUAGGAAAGUUAGAAAAUUCAAAAGGAAUUGAAUUUUAAAUUAAAAUUUGUAAGCUGA